GCAGUCGAUGCAGAUGCAAACUGCAUGUGCGGCUGGAUGCGAAAACCCAGUGCAUUCAUUAUUCAGCAUUCGUGAUUCAGUGCCUAACCAUUUAAUGGGUGCAUGAUAGCUCCCUUAGUCAUCACCCCACAGCCCCAUCAGUACCUUGAUCGGGUAAAUCACCCAGCCUACUUGGGCGAUAACAUCAGUCCCUUCAAGCCUUGUGAAACAAGAAGCGGGAACCCACAUAAGGCACACCACCAUCGACAGACUGUAUGAUCAUGUUUUAGCACCUCGGAUGUGGUUAUGUGGCUCAUACGAGUGAUGUCAUCGUCUUGAACACCCAGCAUCGCGUGGUCAGCAGCUAAGAACCGUGUACGGUGAAUGCCCAUGGGCGGACGGCAGAAUGCCACGAGCUGGUCCGGCAUGCCUGACAUGCCGGGAAAAAUGCCGCAAAUGCGAUCGUGGUCGGCCAAACUGUGAACGUUGUAUCUCCAAAGGCUUGGUAUGUGGAGGGUAUCCCGAACAGUUCAGAUUUUGCGGUAUCGCUAGUCGGGGAAAGUGGAAGGGGGCACGUAUACCGGUCAGCAACCGAGCUUCUACUAGAGAACAAUCUUCUGCAACGGAAGGGCUAUCGGAUGGUGUCGCAGGAUCGACAUCGGUGGCUAUGGCUGAAGACAGCUCGAGAUCUCCAACUAAGGAGUCGUCGGUCUCGGAUGAUUCGAAUCAACCCCUGGCGGAGCUUUCAGACGAUAUUAGCGCAGUCCUUGUAUCACCUCUCACAGAGAGGCUGUUGACACAUUACGAUAAAGUUAUCUGUCCCCAUCAAAUUGCUGAGGUUGGAGACGAUGACAAUAAUCCGUACCGAGCAUUCAUUCUUCCUCUAGCACGCAAGCAGGUCGGUCUGUUAUAUGCCGUUCUAGGGCUAUCUGCCUCCCAUCUGGGCAGGCUGGUGGGGGAUGAAACGAUGCACGAGGCCACCGCCGUGGAGUUCCGAUUGAAAGCGAUACGCGCACUGAGUGGGGAAAUCCGAAAAAGCCAGCGGACGUCUUUGCGAGAAGAGGAACAGGACACGGUGCUCGCUAUCAUUCAACUUUUGCUACUCCAUGAUAUAAGCGAAUCUGGGGUGUCUUCGCAUGGAAUUCAUAUCACUGGAGCCAUGUCCGUGUAUAAGCAGUUGAUUGCCGACGGAUUGAAUGGACGUCGUCAGUGCGCAGUCUUCUUUCUCGGGAAUCUGGCUUGGCUUGACAUCGUCCGAGCAUUCGCUGGCGCUGAAAGAAUGUGCUUUUCCCAAGACGUUCGAGACUUGGUCGCUUAUGCAAGCGAUGACAUGUUUGAACAGGUUAAUGGAGUCCCGCGUGAGAUCUUUCUGAUUAUUGGUGAUGCGUUGGAGAAGUCAAAGGCGCACAUGCUGGGCUGGCUAUCAUGGGAUGAGUAUCAACUUGCCUUGCAUUUGGCCAAGCAGAAGCUUUAUUCCUGGGACCCACAUGGCAGAGCCUACCCUACAGCAGAUCCCUUAUGGCUGGCUAUAGCGGAGGCCUUCAAAUUCGCAUGUGUUUUGCGUAUCUUACGCUUAAUGGAUCCGCAUAAAUCAGCUCGCGACCCCGAAAUACAGGAUUGUGUGACAAAGAUUCUCGACGCGACAGCGAUGAUCUCCUCCGAUUGCUCAGUUAUAGAGCUCGUCGUUUUGCCCCUCUUCAUGGCCGGAGCGGACUAUCUGUCGCCUCAUUCACGGUACUAUAUUCUGGGCAGAUUGCGUGAAAUCGAGAGAAGGUCUGAAUUCCGUAACCCAGUACCAAACGACUUGUUAAAGAAGGUCUGGGAUGCACGCGCGGCUCAAGGUCCCGAUGAUGAUACGAACAUUUCUUGGACGACCUUUACACAGGCUCCCGGGCUAGUACGGCCACAUGAUUAUCUUAUACUUUGAUCAGCUGGGUAAACAGUACAGCUUAGACGGAUUGGAUCGUUGUUUUAUGGCAUCCGCAGUCAGUUCACGUCUUUCAGUCGUGUUCGGGCGAACCGGACGGCCGGAUUGGAUCACUUUUUAGGGAUCACUGACUGAAACGAUUAGAACGUGCUGGACAUGGGAUCCGAUUGAGAGAUGAUAUCUAUCGCGUUUGUGAUCACUAUAGAGAUAGCGUUGUGGAUAUAGCCUAUCUCACUCCGCCUCAGGCUCUUUCAGCUGCUGGUCAGGAUCCAAGCUUGUUUCUAUCUUGCGUAUGACUCGGGCA